CACAAAUCAAAGACAUUAUGACCCGCACCGAGCGCGCAUCCUACCCCCGUGCUAUCAUCAAGGACCGUUCCGAGGCAAAGAAUGCUAUGGACAAGCAUAUUCCCAAGGGUGGCGCGGGCGCGCACAACUGGGGCGAUGUCCAGCACGAGCACGAGUAUGAAGAGGAAGGCUCGCUAGACGAGGAUGCCGAGCGCGAAGAGAGUGGAGCUCGGCCUCCGGCAGAGCAGCGUCCUACCCCGGAGCGCAGGACAAGCUCCCUUACAGAAGAGGAGUUGCAGAAAGCAAGAGAGUUCAGAAAGAAGGCUCUGAAGAGUGAGGGCGUUGACCUUGCUGCUAUCGCGCGCACCUCUGCUGCUGUUUCCCUCUCUCCCCCCAACCGGGAAGCCCCCAUCACUUCUGACGCUAACACUUCUGCUGUGAGCACCGCAUAA